AUGCCCCACAUUCUUCUGUGUUUUACGUUUCGGCCUUUACCCUGCCACGUUCCCCUUGUGUUUGCCAUCGGAUGCCUCCAAAAUCCCCCUCUGGAAUUUGAGAUGGAGAUAAUUGCGAAGGAGUUGAGGCUUGAUGAAGGGCACCAAUUUGAAGAUGAACGAGAUGUUGAAGAUGCUGUGCAAGGUCGAAAUGGUUAUGAUUUUGAUGGACAUCGUUUGCGGGUAGUGGAAUUCGCUCAUGGUGGACGAGGAUCAUCAUCAUCAGACCAUCACAGCAGUUACAGUGCUAGUAGAGGUGGAGCACCUAAGCACACUGACUACAGAGUUAUGGUCACUGGACUGCCAUCAUCUGCUUCUGGGCAAGACCUGAAGGAUCACAUGCGACGAGACGGUGAAGUUUGUUUCUCAGAUGUAUUCAAGGAUCAUUGCUAUGGCACGGCUGGAGUUGUUGAAUAUGCAAAUUAUAAUGAUAUGAAACGUGCUUUCAGGAAGCUGGAUGAUUCUGAAUUUCGUAAUGCAUUCUCUCGCGCUUAUAUCCGAGUGAGGGAGGACUCGAGGAGUCUGAGUCUGGAUGAUAGGUCGAGAAGCAGAAGCUACAACCGUGGCUGUAGUUAUAGUCGAAGCCGCAGCCGCAGCCACAGUAUAUCUCCGCAAAGAAAUUCACGCCGUUCUUAUUUUAGAUCUCCUUCGAAGUCCCGCUCGAGAUCUCCCUCUCGUUCUCGCUCUAGAAGUAAUACCCCUUUGUUU